GCUGGGUUUGCGCCUCUGGGCCCGGCAAGGACACCCCAAGGGCACCCCGGUGAAGGAGCCGCCGAGCCCAUGGCCUCCUCCCGGCCCCUGGCCCGCUUCUGGGAGUGGGGCAGGAACAUCGUGUGCGUGGGGCGCAACUAUGCCGAGCAUGCCAAGGAGAUGGGGAGCGCGCCGCCCUCACAGCCCCUCUUCUUCCUCAAGCCCUCCUCUGCCUACCUGCGGGAAGGAUCCCCCAUUCUCCGGCCUUACUACUGCGACAGCCUGCACCACGAAGUGGAGCUGGGGGUGGUGAUCGGGAAGAGAGCCCAGGCCGUGUCCCAGGAGGCCGCUAUGGAGCAUGUGGCAGGUUACGCCCUGUGCUUGGACAUGACCGCCAGGGACACCCAGGAAGAAUGUAAAAAGAAGGGUUUGCCCUGGACCUUGGCCAAGGCCUUCAAUACGUCCUGCCCGGUCAGCGAAUUUGUGCCCAAGGAGAAGAUCCCGGACCCUCACAAGUUGAAGAUCUGGCUCAAGGUGAAUGGAAAGCUGAGGCAGGAGGGGGAGACCUCCUCCAUGAUCUUCUCCAUCCCCUACCUUAUCAGCUACAUCAGCGAAAUUGUCACCCUGGAAGAAGGGGACUUGAUUCUGACAGGGACUCCUGAAGGAGUUGGGUCUGUGCAAGUAAAUGAUGAGAUAGAGGCUGGGAUAAGCGACAUCCUGUCCAUGCGGUUCAAGGUGGCACAGCAAAUCCGUCGGUCCUAACCUGGCUGGGACCCUUGUCUGCAUAGGAAAAGACCUUUGGGGGAGUAUCUGGUGAAUGAAGAGACACACAAACUGUCCUGUGAAUUAAAUUUAUAUGACCUAAACAUCUACUGGACUGUCAGUUGUCAAGGAUGUGUAGCUCGUGAGCUCUGAGGACCUGUGGCUGAAACAACCCCAUUUCCACGGAGUUUUCAGCCUCCUCCAAGGCUGUACGGCGGAGGUCAGGCCAGGAGUCCAACCCAGUGUGGAGCAGCUGGUUAAUACCUAAACGGUACCUUGGAACUUUCUGUGCAGACUCUGCUGGGGGAUGAAAACAGGGCAGGAAAUGCAGCAGCAAGACUCUUAACUGUGUGUGUGCACCCUUCUGUUUAUAUAUUACCUUAAAAUAAAAAAAAUAAAAAGUGAAACAUUAAAA